UUUAAUUUUUUUAAUAGUUAGUUAAGGAGAGACACGUGAAAUUAAUUACGAAGUUCAUCUGAUUGUCAACAAAGCAAAUUCUGGUACACAUUGUAUAGUUUGAUAUAGCUGGUGAAGUUUUAAGCUAGCUUCAAGGAAUAAUUGUUAGCUGAAGUUUUAGUCGUAGAUACCAUGGAUAAAUUGGCGAUUGGAGCUAUCUUUCUGAUUUUGUUCGUAGGCUACAGCAAUGCUGCUUCUCCCUUUUUCAUAUCUGCGAUUACUUCUGCUUUGGCAACAAUUCCUUAUUCUGGCGGACCAAUGACUACUGGAUUAGUUGGUGCUAAACUGGGUAUAGGAACUAAGCUUCUUUACUACCUAGGUUAUUUUGGUCGAAAGGCACCGUCCACGCCAAAAAAGAAAGCAGCUGCUACCUCAAAACUUCCGUCAUCCUUCGGAGAAGGAUUUUCUUCACCUUCUCAGUACAUGCAAUCUGGUGGAUUUCCUAACAGUUUUCCAUCUACUUCAAAUUUUCAAAACUCAUUUGGUGGUGUUGAUCCCUCACAACUUUUUCAAGCACUUACUGCUCAAGGAGUUGAUCCUAAUGUGGUGAUUGAAGCAUUAAACUAUGCUGGAAGUAUGAAUCCUGCUCAAAAUACAUUUGCUAGUAAUGGAGCAUUUGGUACGAGUGGAUCAUUUAGUGCUGGUGGUGGAGGAGCAGGUUUUCCAGUUAACCCAGGAUUUUCAUCAGCAAUGCCGGGAGGAGCAGGUUUUCCAGCUAAUUCAGGAUUCUCAUCAGCAAUGCCGGGAGGAGCUGGUUUUCCAGCUAAUUCAGGAUUCUCAUCAGCAAUGCCGGGAGGAGCAGGUUUUCCAGCUAAUUCAGGAUUUUCAUCAGCAAUACCUGCCCAUCAAUUUGCUGGACCCCAAGGAGGAGCAGGAGGCUCAUUAAACCAACCUAUUGCACCGGAAACUCCAGCUUCAGAAAAUGAACCGGAUGAUGCGGAGAGCUUUUUCAACUUUUUGACAGAUAUGGAUGAAAACACUUGCAUUUCAAGAUUAAUAUGCGACAUCGGGAAUGAGCCAUCGUUUCUAGGAGAAUUUUCAGAAAACAUUAGCAGUAUGGUUAGUUCGCUCAAGGUACCACCAACCAGUCGUGCUUACAAGUAUAUUGAAAUAAUGGAAAGAGGAAAGCAAGAAGGUCAGUGUAACGUAAAGUUUCCAGAAUGUGGUGAUGUUUCGUAUGAAGUCGUGAAAAACAUAGCUCCUUCUGUUAGUUUGCCUCAAAAUGUAAAUCCCGCAGAUAUAAACUUCUAAUCAGCACCCUCAAAACUGAUUUUGUUUUUAAUUGUGAAAAACUAAAAUUGUUUAUAAAACAAUAAAAAGUUAAUUUUCUUUUUA